GGGAAGCAGAUAGUGCAUGUACUGGGCAAGCCUGGGGUCCUUGAUGUCCUCACAACAUGGGAGGACACAGGACCGUCCUGGCGCCCCCUCCCUGCCCUCUGCCCCCCAUCCCUCUCCCAGCCUGGGACCCGUUUGGUCAGAGUCUUGCCCUCUGCUGGCUGUUAUGUCCAAUGUCCUUUUUGCCAGUUAUGCAAUAAAACCUGCAAGCCAUUACUUCCAGGAACUGCUGGUUCUUUCAUAGGAAAUUUCAUAGGAAAACCUGAAGAGUCUUGUAGGAUUCCAAGAACACAUUUCAAAUACAGACCAUACAGUAGGGGCAGGUGAAAUCCCGGGGCACUGUGAUGACUUGGUUUGUGACCCUCUCCACCCCAGUACUGAAGCGUUAGGAUCUAGAGCACCCCUGGCCUGAAGGAGGCUUGGGACUGACCUGUGGGAUCUGUGGUUCUAGAAGAAGACUCCAGGAAUGAGGCCGUGGGAUGCAUGGCUCGAGAAAGAUUCUGGAGGGACACAGCAGAGCCCAGGAGUGGAAUAAAGAUGGCAGCAAGGACCACUGAGGGGAUGAAGUUGGAACUGCCCCGUCCAACUGCCGCCACCAGCCCGUGUGGCUGCUGGAAUCUGGACAUAUGUGGGGUCUGAAUCAAGAUGCUGUGCCUGGAGUGACGGUGACCAUCUGGCAAAACUGAGUGCAAGUCCCAGAGAAUUCCAGAAACACGUGUCAUUCUGUUUGUGUGAGCCACUCCCAGCCCCAGAGGCAUGUUACACCAGAAAUAAGUCUCUAUUAGCUUCAGACGCAGGCCUCCACAUGACAUGAAGAUGUUGUUAAGAGCUUGCCUCACAACCUCUGCCUCAUCUCCUGGCAUCUGGAGCGCAGGCACCUGGAGCUUCGCCACAUGGCUCAGGCAUCUAUAGGGUAUGUCAGACAGCCGGACGUCAGGCAUCUGGAUCCUGGGCAUCUAGACCUCGGAUAUCUGGACCUCGGGCACCCGAGCCUCGGGCAUUUGGACCUCAGGCACCUGUACAGCACUUCAGGCGUGCAGACCUCAGUAAUCAGGACCUCCGGCCCUGGACCCGGGUAUGCGUGCGGGACCUCAGGCAUCUGAACGGUACAGUAGGCUCCCGGCCCGCCUGGUGCGCUUGCGGCCCCCCCCAGCCAGCGUGCGGCCCCGCAGGCUCCCGCGUGCCCAUCCUUCCAGAGCUUUCGGCUCAGGCACACGGUGGCAGCGCGGGAGGGUCGGACCCCGGAGGCUGCGGAGAGGCCGCAGCCACCCGGGGCCGCGGGCGGAGGGCGCCCGGAGGAGGCGCGCAGGCCGGCGGAGGAGGUGCGGGGCGCGGGAUGGGGACCCCCGAGGGGCGCCGCACUGCUCACAGCGGCCCUCCCGCCUCGCGGACGGCGGGCGCCGGCAGGACUGGCCGCCAGGGGGCGUCUGCGUGACGGCGCCGGGGCUGCCGCGCACGUUCGGCGCCGCUCCGCGUCGUGGUUCCAGUUCCGGCCUGCGGAGGCCUGCGCGCCCCAAGCCCGUCCUGUCUGAGGGGUGCACGCUCCCUCCCCGGCCACUGCCGGAAUCCUGCCCCGAGCCGAGUGGCUCCCCGGGACCGACAGCCCCGCCGUGUGCUCGACUCCAGGCCCCUGUGUUGCUGGGAACCUGGCUGCUCCCGCCACUCCCGGGACUGGGUCGCCCUCCCUCUUGCGCGGCCUCCUCACGUCCGCAGGGCCCGGUGUUUGCCGUGCCCCUUAGGGCGCUGCUGUCGGGGCCGGUGGCCAUCCUCCUGUCCGGUGAACCAGUCUCCAGGCCCUAGACUCCGUCCCGACCCAUCUUCCGCUGAAGUUCCAGCAUGUCCGUGGGUUUGGACAAUUGUCUCGUUCUCUGGGAAGUGACGGGGCCGCCAGCCUCCAAGAUGCUGUCCUUCCUGACUCACUGCCUUGCCCAGUUCCCUCCAGCUUGAUGAGGCUGGUGGGACCAUAGUAUAACUAGUAGGAUAUUAUGGAAAUGGUGACGGGUGACUUUGGACCAUAGGGCAUAAAAGGCAUUGCCACUUGCCCCUCGGUUCCUCUUCAGUUCCUGCUCUGGGGAAAAUGGUUGUGACGUCAUGGAAACAGUUAAGCAGCCGCGUGCAGGGGUCUUUGUACUGAAAAACUGCGCGCACCGGAUUGCCAGCCUUGUCCACACCCAGUGUGGCAUUCGGUCCUCCCGCCCCAGUCAGCCUUCCCAUGACGGCACCUCUCACUGAACUGACCUCUCGACUGCAACCUCAUGGGAGACCUUGAACCAAAACCACCCAGGUAAGCUCUUCCCACAUUGCUGACACAUACAGACUCUGGGAAGUACUGGUCAUAGUUAUUUUACACUAUUAAAGUUUUCAUGCAAUUUGUUCCACAGCAGUAGAUAACUAAUACAUAAUACCAGGGU